GAUGACCAAGUGCCAGACCAAGUUAUUAAUAUUUCAUCACAGCUUGAAGAAACAGCUUUAAGUAAAAUCAAUCAACUGAUUGGAAGUUUGGAUGAACCAAUUAAUAAUUCAAUUCCUAUCAUAAAAAAAGAAUCAGAUGAACAAAACCCUCUUGUGAAAAUAAAGAAAGACCUUAUGCAACCUCUUAAACCUUAG